AUACAUAUAUCAGUAUCAUCUAUUGCUUACCAUGCUUCCGUUUCUUUCUCAGUCUCAUUGUUAUUCCUCAACUUCUUCUGAAUCUGAACUCAGCAAAGACAAAGUCAUGCAUCAAACGAAUAUGAUGAAGGCCGAAUCUAACUUCCAUAAAAGAAAGUCAACCUUGACUACCGAUGAACAUCCUUCUCCAUUCAAGAAGAGGAUAUCAAGAAGAGGAAGCAAGGUGGACUCUUUUGAAAGGAAGGAGCAACCUCACAAGGGUAUGGUCACAAGAUACCCAAAUGAAAAGAAUAACCCUUCAAGUAGACAUUUCAUCCAUGGAUAUCACUUAAUACAAGGACAGAUGAACCAUGGAAUGGAAGACUAUAUUUUCGCUCAACGUAGGAAUCUCGAUGGCUAUGACUUAGGAUUGUAUGCAAUAUUUGAUGGUCACUCCGGUCAUGAAGUUGCCAAAUACUUACGAAACCAUCUAUUCGAGAAUAUACUGAGUGAGCCUGGAUUCUGGGAAAAUCCAGGGCAGGCUAUUAAGAAAGCAUGCAAAGCAACGGAUGAUGAGAUUUUAGAAAACAUAGCUGAUUCAAGUAGAGGAUCAACAGCAGUUGCAGCAAUACUAGUCAAUGGAGUAAAGCUACUGGUAGCCAAUGUUGGUGAUUCUCGAGCAAUAUCAUGCAACAAAGGUCGAGCAAAGCCACUUACUGUGGAUCAUGAUCCAGAGAAGGAAAAAGCUCUUGUUGAGAGCAGAGGGGGUUUUGUGUCUAAGAGACCCGGGAAUGUUCCAAGAGUGGAUGGGCAAUUAGCAAUGACAAGGGCAUUUGGAGAUGGAAAACUAAAGGAGCACAUUACGGCAGAACCAGAUGUGACCAUUCAGAAGAUUGAUGAAGACACUGAAUUCAUUAUUUUGGCAAGUGAUGGUCUGUGGAAGUGGGAUUGAGAAUACAUGGAUGAACUUGGGCAACACUACUGACCUCAAGCAUAUCAUGUGCAUGAACAAUAAAACUGUGGGUCAAGGCUUUAGCAGCGAACUCUCCUCUUGGUAGACUCUGGCACUGCUUGCUGAGUUCCUCCUCUAUAGCAUUCAAAUUCACGCCUUCACCAGCAAUCACAAGCACAACCUGACUAUCAGGGCCAUGCUCAGCCUGAACAUCGUACGGUAGUUGCAGACGCAUCAGCAUUAUAUAGAAGGGACAUAAAGUUCUUAGGCCGCUGAAUAAUUACAAAAUAUAUCUUGUUUAAGAGUAAAUACUUGCUACUAUUGAUAAGUAUAGAUUGUGCUUGUCUUUGUACUUAACC